AUGAUGAACUGGUUAGUGCUGAGGAUGGCAAUUCGUUAUUGCAAAACCGCUUCCAGCAUACCAGUUUGGUGUGCAUACAAGAAUAUGCUUAACUUGGUUACUGUAAGUAGCCCUCUGUAUUACAUUAACUUAUUCACAGUACUUCAUCCAGUUGCACAUUUAUCAAUCCAUGUCCAAUCCAGUAUGUCCGAAGUAGACAGAACUUGCCGUAUUUGUCGUGGUGAGGCAACAGAGUCCCAACCUUUGAUUCAUCCUUGCAAGUGCCGAGGGUCCAUCAAAUAUAUCCAUCAGGAUUGUUUGAUGGAAUGGCUUAACCACACCAACAAAAGCACCAAACAAUGUGAUAUUUGCAACACACCAUACCGAUUCCGCACGAUUUACGACCCAAACAUGCCGAAGAGAGUACCUUUGAAAGACCUCUGGAACAAGAUGCUUCAGUCUUUGGGCUCUUGGCUUUUUCGCCGUGCUUCCAUCUUGCUCUACUCCGCCUGUGCACUUCAAGUGCCCAUAUUCUGGAAGUUUGUGGGCCGUAUCCUAACAUACACGAUUGAUGGCCGACUUCCUUCGCCUCAUUUUAGUUUGCUCCAUGCUCUAUUAUAUGGCGCAUACAACUUGCGCUCUCGAAGUGGACACUUGUUGACAGGGCCAGAAGCAACAAUGUAUGAUAAGGCAGAAUCUUUUUUGCUCAACACUUUUGCCAGCGGUCUUGUCCACGUUGUGAUCUUUCUUAUAGUGCUCGUGGUCAUUUUCAUUGAACACGAGUGGGUGGUUCGGGAGGAGGGUUACACCAAGCUGCUUUUGCGCCAGAUCGGAAAAGAACCUCGUACAAAGCUAGCAGAUUUGCUUACGCUGUUGCUUCUGGGUGGUGACGAGAACGAUGCCAGCAGAGAAGUUAUGAUCAACGAGCUUUGGAUUAUUUUUUAA